CGGCCGUUGGGUCCUAUGUCGCGCCGGGCCCUUCGGAGGCUGAGGGGGGAACAGCGCGGCCAGGAGCCCCUCGGGCCUGGCGCCCUGCAUUUUGACCUCCGUGAUGACGAUGACACGGAAGAAGAAGGGCCAAAACGCGGGCCUGGUGGCUGCACAGGAAAGGAGGGCGUCCAAGUUAACAACCGGUUCGAGCUGGCUUUAAAAUGUACGGAAGUGAACCACAUGACUAUAGCCCUAAGGAGGGAGAAGAAGCGAAGACACACUUCUAUAGACAUUGAGGAUCUCGAAGAUGACCCUGUGGUGAACGGGGAGAGGCCUGACUGUGCACACACAGAUACUGUGGCACCAGGGAUCAGAGAGCGGGCUCCAUGUGGACACACAGAAACCAAGAUGGAUGGAGAUACAGCCAUGGCCAUAUCUGCAGAGCAGUCUAAUGCAAGUGGCAAACUUCGAAAGAAGAAAAAGAAACAGAAAAAUAAGAAAAACAGUACAGGAGAGACUUCGGAAAAUGGACUGGAAGAUAUUGAUCGCAUCUUAGAGAGGAUUGAGGACAGCAGUGGGCUCAGCCACCCAGGCCCUGCCCCCCUGAGCACCAAGAAACACGUUCUGUACGUGCAGCACAGACACUUGAAUCCAGACACAGAACUGAAAAGGUAUUUUGGUGCUCGAGCAGUCCUGGGGGAGCAAAGACCACGGCAGAGACAGCGCGUAUAUCCCAAAUGCACAUGGCUCACGACCCCUAAGAGCACCUGGCCCCGGUAUAGCAAACCAGGUCUGUCCAUGCGGCUGCUGGAAUCCAAGAAGGGCCUUUCCUUCUUCACGUUUGAGCACAGUGAAGAAUACCAGCAAGCUCAGCAUAAGUUCCUGGCAGCUGUGGAGUCCAUGGAGCCAAAUAACAUUGUGGUCCUGUUGCAGACGAGCCCCUAUCAUGUGGAUUCGCUGCUGCAGCUCAGUGAUGCCUGCCGCUUUCAGGAGGACCAGGAGAUGGCCCGAGACCUCAUAGAGAGAGCCCUGUACAGCAUGGAGUGUGCAUUCCACCCCUUGUUCAGUCUCACCAGUGGAACGUGCCGGCUGGAUUAUCGCCGACCUGAGAACAGGAGUUUCUACCUGGCCCUCUACAAGCAGAUGAGCUUCCUGGAGAAGCGAGGCUGCCCACGCACAGCGCUGGAGUACUGCAAGCUCAUUCUGAGCCUCGAGCCAGAUGAGGACCCCCUCUGCAUGCUGCUGCUUGUGGACCACCUGGCCUUGCGGGCCCGGAACUACGAGUACCUGAUCCGCCUCUUCCAGGAGUGGGAGAGUCAUCGGAACCUGUCUCAGCUCCCAAAUUUCGCCUUCUCUGUUCCACUGGCGUAUUUUCUGCUGAGUCAGCAAACAGACCUCCCAGAGCAGGAGCUCAGCUCUGCCAGAGAAAAGGCCUCUCUCUUGAUCCAACAGGCUCUCAUCAUGUUCCCUGGAGUGCUGAUGCCUCUGCUGGAGUACUGCAGCGUGCGGCCUGAUGCCGCUGUCUCUGGUCACUGCUUCUUUGGACCCAACGCCGAGAUCAGCCAACCUCCUGCUCUGAGCCAGCUGGUGAGUCUCUACCUUGGGAGGUCGCACUUCCUCUGGAAGGAGCCCACCACCAUGAGCUGGCUGGAGGACAACGUCCGCGAGGUUCUGCAGGCAGUGGAUGCCGGAGACCCUGCUGUGGAAGCCUGUGAGAGCAGGCGGAAGAUGCUCUACCAACGCGCGCCCAGAAAUAUCCACCGCCAUGUGAUCCUCUCUGAGAUCAAGGAAGCUGUUGCUGCCCUGCCCCCGGAUGUUACCACGCAGUCUGUGAUGGGGUUUGACCCUCUGCCUCCCCUGGACACCAUCUACUCCUACGUCAGACCAGAGAGGCUAAGUCCUGUCAGCCGUGGAAACACAAUUGCUCUCUUCUUCCGAUCAUUACUGCCGAAUUAUGCUAUGGAGGGGGAGAGACCUGAGGACGGAGUGCCUGGGAAUCUGAACAGGCUAAUGCUGGCCGUGCGGGACAUGAUGGCCAACUUCCAUCUCAACGACCUGGAAGCACCACGGGAGGAGGAUGCAGAGGAGGAGGGGGAGUGGGACUGAGCGUCCCCAGACACCCCACGCUGUGCAAUUAUGUUCCUGAUUUCUGCCCUGGUCAGAACUGGCCAGUUCCCCAAAGUAGAGAUACUGUCGUUGACCUGCUCUUGUGUUUCUCCAUAAAUGUGUUUCUCCCAUAAACAGCGGGCUUUGAAAUGCCGUC